AUGUCGCCUCAACAGAUCUUUGUCGGAGGCUACGACGAUGCAAUCGACAGUUUUGUCUUCGACGAGGCUGCUGGAACUUUAAUCAAGACCCAUUCAACCCUUGAGAGCAAACCCGGUCCUUCGUGGCAACAUAUCAUCCCAGAACACCGGUUGCUUCUGUCAGGAUGUGAAGGACCUCUCGGGGAGAUUGGAUAUCUGGAUUCCUACAGAUUCUCAGAAGAUGGCGCUCUAACAAAGGUCGACCGUAAAGAAUGUGUCCAAGGUGACGCUUCAGGAGUUAACACCUACUAUAUCAAAGAAACCGGCGAGAUUGUUCCAUUGCAAACACUCCUAUUCACACUUCCUGACGGCCAAGCAGGUCAUCCAGACAUUGAUCCAGUUCGUCAGGAUGCCGCCCACCCCCAUGAAUCCCGCAUCGACCCAACCGGAAAGUUCCUUCUCAUUCCCGAUCUCGGUUCGGAUUAUCUUCGAAUCUUCGAAAUUACAUAUGGCGAAAAAGGAGAGGAUUCUAGAAUCAAGGAGGUUGAACCGUUAGUAUGCGAUACUAGAGCUGGGCCUAGACAUUGCUAUUUUGACCGCACUGGAAAGUUCAUGUAUUUGGUUGAGGAACUUGCUAGCAUGGUUAGAGUUUACCAAGUUGAAUACACUGGGCCACGCGGAAUCGACUUUAAACCGAUCCAACGUAUCAGCUCUUUGGGAAUUGGCAAGGGGCCAGCCGACACCAGAGUUCAACGACUUAAGGCUGCUGAGGUUGCCAUCAGUCCUGAUGACAAACAUUUGUAUAUCUCCAACCGCUACGAUAGGUCCAUGCCAGAUGGAACAGACUCUAUUGCACAUUUCCUGAUCAAUACAGACGAUGGAACUCUGACAUUUGUAGAGCUAACCAGCGCUGGUGGCAUUAACCCCAGGCAUAUCAGAUUGAGCCCGGAUGGAAGUUGGAUUUGUAUUGCUACCCAAGAUACUAAUCGGGUUGCAAUGUUUAAACGAGACCUUGAGACCGGAACGAUAUUGGAAGAAGUUGUCGCUGAGGGACAAAGCGGACAGCCAGUUUGCAUUACCUGGUAG